CAAGAAAUUAAAGCCGCCCAUUGUCUUUAGUUGCAUUGCAGCUAUUAUAAAUAUUCCCUUAAUUUGCAAGGAUAUUCAUAUCAAGUGCUUCCACUUAAUUUUAGUCUUUAUUAGUUCAUUUUAUCAUAUAAUCAAUUACAAUCAGCCAUGGAUCAGAUCAAGCACAGCCAUAUUGCAGUAAGAGGACUUGAACUACACGUUGCAGAGAUUGGCACCGGCAGUAAGGUGGUUUUGUUCCUGCAUGGAUUUCCAGAAAUCUGGUACACAUGGAGACACCAGAUGGUGGGUGUUGCCUCAGCUGGAUACAGAGGAAUAGCCAUUGAUUUCAGAGGAUAUGGACUUUCCGAUCAGCCAGCUGAGCCCGAAAAAGACACCUUCAUGGAUCUUGCUGAUGAUGUUAUUGCCCUUCUUGAUGCUCUAGACAUUGCUAAGGUUUUUCUUGUAGGGAAGGAUUUUGGAUCUAUUGUGAUAAGUCUAAUAGCUGUGCUGCACCCAGAAAGAAUGUCUGGCAUGGCAAUGCUUGGUGUUCCUUUCUUGCUACCAGGCCCUAAUGCUAUCAAGAAUCAUCUCAUGCCACAAGGAUUUUACAUCACAAGGUGGCAGGAGCCAGGGAGAGCUGAAGCAGAUUUUGGCAGGCUAGAUGUGAAGACAGUAAUAAAAAACAUCUAUAUUCUGUUCUCUGGGAUUGAGCCACCAACAGCAAAAGAUGAUCAAGAAAUCAUGGACAUAGUUGAUCCUUCUACUCCUCUACCACCGUGGUUUUCGGAGGAAGAUCUUUCGGUUUACGCAUCUCUUUACGAGAAAUCAGGAUUUCGACUCCCUCUACGAAUUCCAUACAGGAGUUUAGCGAUAGAUUGUGGAAUAACAGAUCCGAAAACCACAUGUCCGGCAUUGUUGAUCAUGGGCAAGAAGGACUAUUUGUUAAAUUUCGCAGGGAUGGAGGACUAUAUAAGAAAUGGAGAUCUGACGAAUUUAGUGCCUGAUUUGGAAACCAUCUUCAUGGAAGAAGGAAGCCAUUUUGUUCAUGAACAACUGCCUCAGCAAGUUAAUGAGCUUCUCAUUAGCUUCCUCAACAAACAUUCUGGCUGAAGAACCACAAGUGUGACAAUGUCUGUUCUAUGAGAUGUUGAUGUACUAAUGUACUAAUGUCUUGAACAAUGUAUUGUAUGUUUUCAUGUUGUUAGCUAAUAAUUCCAGAUUCACACUCUGUAUUCUCUCUGCUCCAUAGCUGGAAUACAUGCUACAAACCUUUUGUCCAAUUCUCAAUGGUUUAAAAAUCUACCUUAACUUGUUCUAUGGAA